CCCAUGUUCACUUUCAGCCACUGGUAUGCCUUUGAAGAAUCGGGGGUGAUGCAUAUAACCCAUACGAGCACGAUAAAAUGAACAAAAGAAAAGUUUCAAUUCAUUCUUGACGAUACGUCUCUCUAUCGACCACCGGGAAAUGCAGUUCUCUGUGACUACAGACUGCCGCCAUGGUAUUGAAGCCCCCAUUACCUCCGCGAUCGCCAUCUGCCGUGUCAUCUACCAGCGCACAAUCUUCACCUGAAUCCUGGAAGGAAGAUAGAGAUCCUUCUCAAGCAGCUUCUCACUUUUUAUCCCCCGACAGCUCCUUGUUGAGAAAUUCGCCGUACAGUGGAGGCUUCCAUGACCCGAGAGCCACAUCAACUCAAUCACUUAGGCCUGCUGAACCUGCUGGUGAGGGUCGGCGGACGUUGCUCAUCAUCUACAUCCAUGGCUUCCUAGGCGACGAGACCAGCUUCCAAAGCUUCCCGGCCCACAUCCAUAGCCAAUUGACUGAGAGACUUAGAGACACGCAUGUUGUCUACACCAAGAUCUACCCUCGGUACAAGUCCAGACGGAAUAUAUCGUUUGCGACAAACGAUUUCAGCAAGUGGAUCAGACCUCACGAGUUCGACACUACGGAUGUCAUUCUCGUCGGUCACAGUCUGGGCGGUAUUCUAGCGGCCGAGGUCGUUCUACUGCCCGGUGAUGCCACAAGCAGCAAUGAACAAUCCAAGCACCGUAUCCUGGGACUGCUUGCUUUCGAUGUGCCGUACCUCGGUAUGCAUCCAGGAGUAGUGGGUACAGGGAUUGCCAGUUUAUUCCGAGCGCCUCCUACCGACGAAAGUGCAACAGGGGAAAUUUCGCCGUUAUCAGAACCUAUCAGUCUUGACCCAACGUACAAUCCGUUGUAUAUGAAUGAUGUCCGACUAGCUAAGCGGAAGGGCAAGCUUCAACGUGCUUGGUACUUCUGGAACAAGCAUGCUGGGGAGGUCACGAAGGCUGCCGGCAAAUAUGUUUCUUCUCAUCUCGAGUUCGGGGGCUGUCUUGCGGACUAUGCGGGACUCAGAAAGCGGUAUAAGUCGAUUAGGGCAUUGGAAGAUGUCAAUGAGCUCGCAAAUCCACGUGGCAGGAGACGGGUAAGAUUCGUCAACUAUUACACCUCGAGCACAGGACGGGUCAAGUCGAGGCCGGAGUCACGGGCGGCAGCCCCGAACAUGCUGGAGCCUCCUGGUGAAGAGUCGCAGGCUGCUAGUUCUGGUACUUCAUCGAGGAGAAGUUCAUCCCAGAACCUUACUUUACCAGCUAGCCCUAGCCCACGAAUCUCCCUUGAGGAACACCGUGAUGGUGAGGUUGUUACAAAAGAUAUUCCUGAUCUUGGGGCAUUGAGUGUCGAAGAAUCGUCAUCUAUGAAGCCACUAGCGUCAAUACCGUCCUCAAGCGGACAAAUUUCAAUCGGAGAUACUGAUCGACAAACAGCAUGCGACACGGACAAGCAGACCUUGUCGAUAGCGGACAACCAAAUAGCCUCAGAUGCCGACGCGAACCCUCCCGGAAAACAGAAGGAAAGAAGAUUUUGUGUAAUUCCUUCCAGGAAUUCUGAUGGCGAACCCGAUCCAACCUGGAUCAAGGUACAGAUGGAUGGCAUUGAUGAGAUCCAGGCUCAUACUUCGAUGUUCACGAUGGGACCGACUUAUGUCACCGUGGUGGAAGAUACAGUGAGGAGAAUCGAGAGCUGGGUCCAAGAAGAUGCGUCCCGACGAUUGAUCCUAGCCGAGAUGGACAAUCCGACAUGGGAUUAGGAUAUGAG